GAAAAGAGCAGAAGGAAAGAAAGAGAGAGAAUCUUAAGGAGGCUCCAUGCUUUGAUGCUUAGUGCAGACCGUGAUGUGCAACUCAAUCCCACUACGCUAGGACGAUGACCUGAGCCGAAAUCAAGAGUUAGACGCUCAACUGACUGAGCCACCCAGGGACCCUGAGACUUUUCUUGCUUCUUGAGCAGACUACCAUGCCUGCGGGAAUCUUGCCUCAAAAUGAAGAACCUCACUCCACUUUGGUGAAUGACAGUGCAUACGCCGCCCACAUGAAGGGGAAUCCAGGACGCCCAGCGCCAAAGUACACAAAGGUGGGAGAGCGGCUGCGGCACGUGAUUCCCGGACAUGUGGCCUGCUCCGUGGCGUGUGGUGGCAGAGCUUGCAAGUACGAAAACCCAGCGCGCUGGAGCGAGCAAGAGCAAGCCAUCGAGGGGGUCUACUCGUGCUGGGUCACUGACAAUAUCCUGGCCAUGGCUCGCCCGUCCACUGAGCUCCUCGAGAAGUACCACAUCAUCGAGCAGUUCCGAAGCAAUGGCAUAAAGACAAUCAUCAACCUGCAGCGCCCUGGGGAGCAUGCGAGCUGCGGGAACCCCCUGGAGCAAGAGAGUGGCUUCACGUACCUUCCCGAAGCUUUCAUGGAGGCCGGCAUCUAUUUCUACAAUUUCGGAUGGAAGGAUUAUGGUGUGGCGUCGCUCACUGCCAUCUUAGAUAUGGUGAAGGUAACGACAUUUGCCUUACAGGAAGGAAAAGUAGCCAUCCAUUGUCACGCAGGGCUGGGUCGAACAGGUGUUUUAAUAGCAUGUUACUUAGUUUUUGCAACGAGAAUGACUGCCGACCAAGCAAUUAUAUUUGUUCGGGCAAAGCGGCCCAAUUCCAUACAGACUCGGGGACAGCUCCUCUGUGUGAGGGAAUUUACUCAGUUUCUCGUUCCUCUUCGCAAUAUCUUCUCUUGCUGUGACCCCAGAGCACACGCUGUUACGCUAGCACAGUAUCUGAUUCGCCAGCGGCAUCUGCUUCACGGUUAUGAGGCCCGCCUUCUGAAACACAUACCCAAAAUUAUCCACCUUGUUUGCAAAUUGCUGCUGGACUUAGCCGAGAACAGGCCAGUGGCGACGGAAGAGGUGGCAGAGGGGCCCAGCCUGUGCGCGGAGAUUGAAAAGACCGUCUCUGAGGUGGUCACCAUGCAGCUGGACAAAGAGCUCCUGAGGCAGGGCAGCGACGCCUCCGACUCGUUCCCGCCUGCCACAGUGGCUGCGGAUUUUGAGAACCAGGAUGUGAUUCUUUCCAGCGAACAGCAGAUUGACCCUCUUUGGAAGAGGCGGAAUGUCGAAUGCCUUCAGCCCCUGACUCCUCUGAAAAGGCGAUUCAGCUUCAGUGACUCGGACUUAAAGAGGGCUGAGUCGCUUCUGGGGCAGGGGGCAGCUCCGUGGACGGGGCCGGCCCCAGCCUCACAGGGCCAUAACCCCGGGCAGCAGAAGCCCAUAGGCCACUGUCACACUCCCCAGUCUCCACCCCUUGAUCUGAGCAAGGAAACACUGAUCCGAAAUACAUUCUCUUUCUGGAAUCAGGCUAAAUUUGGAGGCCCGGAAGGACUCAGAGAUGAGGGGUCACCGGGUUUCCAUAGGGACACCAUCUCGAAGGAAGUACCGCGGAGUAGAACCUUCUUCUCGGGGGUUUCAGGUUCCUACAACCCUGGGGACCUGGGGAGACCCAGCUUUGCAGAUGCCCCUAAGGAGCCGGACCGCUGUCCCCAGCAAGCGCCCCACCAGUGUGGCGCUCCCACCGCUCACCACCCUGAGACUUCCUAUGGCCCCAGGGACUGUGGCUUGGACUGUGGCUUCCACCACAAUGCACCCUCCUCUGUUGGACCCACAGCCCAGGAUGGCAAAGAUCUGCCUGAGGUGCCUGCGCAGACUGCUCCGCAGGCUGAACUGAGUGUCGAGGCCAGGAGAAUGGUGGCGGCCAAAGCGCUGGCGAAUCUCAGUGAGCUUGCAGAAGAGGAGGAAGUGAGGAGGAAGGUAGAGAUGUGGCAGAAAGAACUAAAUUCCCGGGACGGAGCUUGGGACAGAAUAUGUGGCGAAAGGGACCCUUCCGUCCUGUGCAGUUUGAUGUGGUCUUGGGUGGAGCAGCUGAAGGAGCCAGUGAUCACGGAGGAGGACGUGGCUGUGCUGGCCGGCAGCGCGGGGGCCACAGAAGCGCUGUUUCUGUUGGAGAAGGGCCAGCACCAGACCAUUCUCUGCGUGUUGCACUGCGUCAUGAGCCUGCAGCCGAUCCCUGCGGACGUGGAGGAGGCCAUCCUUGCCCGUGCCAUUAAAGCCUUCACCAAGGUUAGUUUUGACUCUGAAAACGGACCAAUAGUUUACGACACCCUAAAGAAAAUAUUUAAGCACACACUAGAGGAAAAAAGGAAAAUGACGAAAGAUGGCCCUCAGCCUGAUGUGUAGUGACGCUUCCCUGCAGUGGACACCUCAGCCCAGAGACCCAGGCGGUGCUCGUGCGUACAGAUGAACAAGGGGGCGUGGAGCUGCUUCCCAUCGCCGCACUUUAUCUCAGACGCUCUUGGUUUGUGCAAAGCAUGCUCAUUUCUGUUGCGAGCAAUUAUUUAUUUUAAAAUGUCCUUGAGCUACAUUUUUGUGUUGAAAAAUUGCCAUAACGUUGGUGCCACUUUCUUGUAUUUAUUUAACUGAAUUAGUAUUGUGUUAAUAUGUUAAGUACACGGUGUUUACAUCUUUCUUCUUUUUGACAUUUUGGACAAAGUUGUAAUUCUUCUUUCCAAAACAGUUAUUUUGUUGAUGGAGCUUUUGCUGGACUUUUUACCAAAUAGGUAAUUUUAUCAGUAAAACUUCACUGUGGGUCUGUCAGCCUGAUCCAUGACCUAAGGAAGUCACAAAGUGUCUUCAGCUAUUUUGUAUUUGCUAAUAAGGCACUUGAUACAACAUUUUUAAAGGAUUUUUUAAAUUUGGAAUUUUUUUUGUUUUUCCUGUUUAUAAAUGUGUCAAAGGGUUUCAAAGUAUAUAAUUUUUCAGAGUGAUUUAGUUUUGUGUUGAAGCGUGGCUGUGAGGUGGUUGGGAUUUUUUUACUGUAGGAAGUAGACUCGGUCAGGCCUCCAGACGGCCUUGCCAACCUCUCUGCACCUCCAGCCUUACUCCCCCCAAACAGCGUCUUCACAGGAAAUGGUCAGGCGGGCAGUGUAGGCGGCUGCUCUGAAGCAGGGCCGCACAGAUCAGGCACCAGGCCGGGGCAGGUGCUGUGCUGAUGGUGUGAGGGCCACUCAGCCCACACCUCCCACGUCCACCCUUCUGCAGACCCUAGGUCCCUGUCUUCUGCCACUUUUCAUCAUAAGAAUUAAGAUUCUUAAACUAAAAUGUCAGCAUGUAGGCUGCAUUCGCUGUACGGGCUUUAGUUAAGAAGUAAACUACUUGUUGCCUAACUCAUAACUGCCUAACUGGUUCUUUGUGGACCAGGCUGUCAUUCAGCACCUGAAGCUGUAACGAUUGUGUGAAGUACAGAGGCCAGGCCACACGAGUAUCAUUUUUCCCAACAAAUGUGAUAUUAAUCAAACCAGUUUCACACUAAAGCUACCACGUAAUUUUAGAGACAGAAAUUUGGGGGAAGCGAGACUAACCUUGGAUGAGAGUCUCUGACUCCGGCGCUGGCACAUCAGAAACAUUUUAGUCAUUAUUGUUCGUACUAACUCUGGUGACAGAUGCUGAGUACCAUUUCCUCCUACGCUGUUUGAAUUUUCUUAGGAAACCAGAUCCAGUGAAUUUUAAUGAACCGGAUUGCCUGUUGCUGAGAUUUCUCCUUUUUAAGUGCCUGGUCUGAGAAAGAAGGGGAGAAAAGAUUACAUUUUAUCCAAAGGUACAUUAUAAACAUAUGUUUUUUACCUAAAAAGAUGUUUAUCCACGUGUCUGUCAGUGUCACAUGGACAGGGGCCAGCAGGGCUCAUUCGACAAGUGGCUGGCAGUUGGCCUGUGUCUGCGACGGUCAGGUUGGAGGGCAGAUCCCGCGCAGCCACGAUGCAGCCACGGCCAUGCGCCAGCCUGAGAAGGAGGUCGGUGGGAGAAAUAAACCAGGCUGCCUCCAGGUUUUGUAUUUAUUCAAAUAAAAGUGCACACAGCAAACCGUAA